ACACGGUGUGCCAUGACAGAAAAAGGCUAUGUGAAUAUUACCGGCUAAUGCAUUUUAACAAGCAUUAAUGGCAGCAGGAGACACGUGGUGCUGACCGGAGUUGUGAUGGUCAGGCUGUUGCGCUAGUCUAGGGCGGAGAAGGCGGCAUGAAUGGCAGGGCUUUCUCUCCUCAGUGAAGUGAUGUGUUAAAUGUUCUUUCCUCUACCUUUCACGAACAUGCUUUAUUUUCAGCUGGUGAUCAUGGCGGGGACAGUCAUGCUAGCAUACUACUUCGAGUACACGGACACGUUCAACGUGCACGUCCAAGGGUUCUUCUGCUAUGACAAUGCCUACGUGAAGCCAUACCUCGGACCGGAGGAGUCCAGCGCGAUCCCACCGACUGUACUGUAUGCGCUCGUGGCAGGGGUCCCUACAUUUGUGAUGAUGAUCUCAGAGGCUGUCUUGUUUUUGAUACAGUACUCCUCUAAAGAGCUGGACGGUCAGGAGAAGACCAUCCAGACUGGAGACUGCUGCUAUCUCAACCCACUGGUGCAAAGGACCUUUCGCUUUCUGGGCGUCUACACGUUCGGCCUGUUCACCGUGGACAUCUUUGUGAACGCCGGACAGCUGGUGACGGGGAAUCUGGCCCCACACUUCCUGACGGUGUGUAAACCCAACUACACAGCCCUGGGCUGUCAGCACGCCCUGAUCUACAUCAGUCAACAGGAGGCCUGCACGGGGAACCAGGAGGAUGUCCUGCGCGCACGCAAAACCUUCCCCUCCAAAGAGGCAGCGCUCAGUGUCUACGCAGCCUUCUAUCUUGCGAGUUACAUCACAUGUACAGUGGAAGUCAAAGGAACGCGGCUAGCCAAGCCUGUGCUGUCCCUGGGUCUGAUGUAUCUCGCUUUCCUCACGGGACUCAACAGAGUGGCUGAGUACCGGAACCACUGGUCUGACGUCAUCGCUGGAUUCAUCAUAGGAGUGGCCAUCGCCACUUUCCUGGUGGUGUGUGUGGUGCAUAACUUCAAAGGCAAGCUGUUGCUGAGUGGUGAAGACCCCCCACAGGAGAACAUGUCUAGAGUGGAGAGCCCACUGGAGAAGUACAUCACUUUGCAGAAUCACAUCGCCUUCGCUGAGGUCACAUGACGCUGAAUCGGCUGUUUGGCAAACCCAUUGGACAUCCACGCACUUCACCGUCCAAUCAAAAAUCGAAAUAGCUCUUCACCGUCCAAUCAAAAAACAAAAUGAAAUAGUCAAGUUGCAACGCUAACUCAUUAUGCAUGGCUACUGUAUUAGGUCUGUUAGUGUUAUUGUCUGUUAAGUCCCUGUAUCAUGGCCUAUACAGCAGUCAGGGAAAACUCCUCAAAAGUAUGAUGGGAAAGGCCUUACUGGGUUUCUCCAUUUAUUUAAUCUAUUUUGGGACUAAAAUCCCCCAAUGAAGAAAAUCAACUGGAAUCAACUUGAAUUGACUCAACUCUUCUUUACACAACAUGACCUGCUGUGACCCAGAUGCCUCUACCUACUGAAGCAGAGAGGUGAUUCAUCCAUUUUCCCACAAUGUUGGUCAAAUGGGUUCUUAUUCAUCACUUCUAAAUUAUCAUUUUGUGUCUUUUCCAUCAGUAGAGAAGAACAGAGCAAAUGAUCAAUGUCUCUGUUAUGUUUCACCUUGAAAACAAUAUUUUUGUAAUGCUCACUAAUGCACUUAACUGUCACAAAGGACAUAGCGACACACACCAGCACUUUAAAAUCAAACUCGAGUCAAAAACCGCAGGCAAGAUGGCCACCCAUACUGCUGCUGCUUGAAAAAUAUACAUGUAAAUUCAGGAUUAGUCAAAUCUGCUAACGUGUGCGUUGCAAGACUUAACUGUUUAGUGUUAUUAUAUUCAAAUUAUGAAAAAAUAUAGCUGUAUAUAAUGUAUACAUACUUUAAUUUCCUUUUGCCAAACAUUGCUGUCUAUUUUCUUAUGGUUGUGUACUGUAUGUACUGUGUGUAUUGUGUGUACUGUGUGUGUUUGUUCACAAAAAUUACUGUCCACGUGUUGUUUAUUUUAUCAAUUGACUAUUAGUACUUGAUUGUUUUGCUAUCAUGAGAUAGCUAUACCAUGUUAAACAUCUAGGCAAC